AUGCUUUUCCUAAAAGCCAUCACCGGACUUCCAGUCCUCGCCACUUUCCUCACAAUGGGUCUUGCACACCCCGUUAACGUCGAGAUUGAGGCAAGAUCAUUGAAGAGUUCUCCCUUUAACCCCUCCAUUCCAGUUCCCGAGGUAGCACCUCCACUUCUACCAUCAAACCUUACAGUACCAACUAUUGACGGGAACGAGCUUCGUGCUAGAGGCACGGUACAUCGGCCGACCGUCGGGUACUUUGCUGGGUUUAAUGUCGGAGCAUAUACUAACACCGGUGCUUGCAAGACCCUGCAGGACUGGAGGAAUGAAUUGAAGCAAGUAAAGGCCUGCCGAAGCUCGCACUUCUCCUUCACUGUUGUCAAGAUCUUCACUACCAGCCAAUGUUCAGCUUUGAAAAACGCCUUGCAAGCCGCAAAGGAGGUUGGAGGUAUCAAGGUAUGGGCUGGAUUGUGGGCCACACCUCGCACUACCUUUGAUAGCGACAAGAACGAACUAGGUCGCCAAAUCCUUGGGAGCAAUGGCAACCUCAUCCUCGGCGUCUCUGUGGGCAGUGAAGAGCUUUUCCGGGGAAGUCUCUCUUCGAGUCAAUUGGCCGGAUACAUCUGGGACGUCAAAGGCAUGAUCCAGAACUCAUAUGGCAAGACCAACGUUCCGAUCGGCACAAGUGAAGGAAUCGCUCCCCUUCUCAACUCGGCGAACCAACAAGUUCUUGAUGCCUCCGAUGCUGUGCUACUUACUAGUUAUCCAUACUAUGGUGGCUCUCGAGUCGACUUGGCCCUCAAAGCUUUCCAACAAGGUUGGUGGGCGCUGGGAGCCAAAAUGGCUGGAAAAACAUUGAUUGUUGGCGAGACCGGCUGGCCUUCUAAGGGGAAGACUAUCGGUCAGGCUGUCCCAACAGUCCCCAAUGCUAGACAAUACUUCAAGGCUAUUGCAUGCUGGAUGCGAUCGACGGGCAAGCCCUUCUUUUGGUUCUCUGCAGUCGAUGAGCAAUGGAAGUCUGGGGGGGUCGCUGAGACUCGCUUUGGGGUCUCAUGGACUAACGGUGCGAGGAAGUAUACAUUGUCCUGCUAG